AUGUCGUCGCAAGAACUGAAGCAUAUGGCGCCCGCCAGUCUGCGCGAGAUCGAAGGAAACCCUUCCAGCAAGGAGAUGGACGACAUUCAGCUGGCACGGAUGGGAAAACGUCCGGUUCUGAAGCGGAAUUUUGGAUUGAUGUCCAUGCUAGGCUUCAGUUGUACGAUAUUGAUCACCUGGGAGGGAAUUACGGUACUUUUCCUGCAAGCCUUCCAGAAUGGCGGCCCAGCGGGUGCGAUCUAUGGAUUUAUAUUUGUUUGGGCCGGUGUGGCAGCGACAUUUGUCGUGUUAUCAGAGCUGGCAUCCAUGGCUCCCACGUCGGGCGGACAAUACCACUGGUGCUCCAUGCUGGCACCCCCGUCGGCCAUGAAACUUCUCAGCUAUCUCACGGGCUGGCUCACGGUGAUCGGAUGGCAAGCGACCUACGCGACGUCGUGCUUCCUGUGCGGCACGCUGAUCCAGGGGCUGAUCGUCCUGACCAACCCGAGCUACGAGCCCCAAUCCUGGCACGGAACGCUGCUGUUCUGGGCCGUGUCGGUGUUCUCGGUCGGCAUCAACAGUAUCGGAGGAAAAGUGCUGCCCCGGUUCGAGGGGCUGAUUUUAGUUUUGCACAUCCUGGGAUUCUUUGCCAUCCUGAUCCCACUGACGUACAUGGCGGACCACGGCACGGCCCGUGAGGUGUUCACGGAGUUCAUGAACCUUGGCGGAUGGCCGACGCAGGGAUUGUCCUUCUUCAUCGGCCUGGUUGGCUGCGUAUUUGCUUUUGCCGGAGGAGAUGCCGCUGUUCACAUGUCCGAGGAAAUCAGCAACGCCCCCGUUUUGGUUCCUCGAUCCAUCAUGCUCAGCGUUGCCAUCAACGGCACCUUGGGUUUCAGCAUGCUCAUCGCUCUGCUUUUCUGUCUCGGAGAUAUCGAGGCGGCCCUGGAGUCACCCACCGGAUAUCCUUUCAUGGGAAUCUUCUUGCAGGCGACGGGUUCGGUGGCCGGCACCGCCACGAUGGGAGCCAUCAUCACAUCCAUGGGUAUCAGCACAUCGGUCGGUAUGCUCGCGUCGACGUCGCGGCAGUUCUGGUCAUUCGCGCGCGACCGAGGAAUUCCGGGGUGGCGAGUCUGGAGCAAGGUGACGACUCGCACCUCCGUCCCCACGUACGCGGUCGCCUUGACGACGGUUGUGUCCUGCCUCCUGGCCCUCAUCAACAUCGGCUCGGACGUCGCGUUCAACGCCCUGGUGUCCAUGUCCAUCUCCGGUCUGUAUUUGUCGUACAUGGUAGUCGCCGGGCUGCUUCUCUACCGACGCGUCACGGGAGGAAUCAGCAAGUCCAAGGCCGGAGACGAGACGAUGGUGAACACGGCGGGCGCGCGACUUGUCUGGGGCCCAUUCCACCUUCCAGGGAUCUGGGGCAUCUUGAUCAACACGUUCGCUCUCAUCUACAUGACCAUCGCCGUGUUCUUCAGCUUCUGGCCGCCAGAGAAAGAGGUGACGGUGCAGACGAUGAAUUUCAGCGUGGUGGGAACGGUAGGAGUGAUUAUUCUGAGUCUGGCGUAUUACGUCGUGCGAGCGAGGAAGGUGUACGAGGGACCGGUGGUCGAGGUGCAUCUGAACCAGUGA